AAACACUUCUCAAUAUUUUAUAAUCAAUCCUCGGACUGCUUAUGUAAUUGGUGAAUCACUGGAGGUUCUAAUUAUUGCUAAGGACCACAAGGGUCGGACAAAGAACUAUGGAGGGGAUUUAUUUCAUGUGAAGCUUCACUCUUUGAGUCUAUAAGCCGGAGUGAGUGGCUCUGUUACAGACCAUAAUAAUGGUUCCUAUACAGCAAGGUUUAUUUUUCAGUCGUCUGGAGAAACUAUGAUCUCUGUUAGACUCAUGCAUUCCAGUGAAGCUGUCGCAAUUUUACAUCAGAAGAGGGAUACUCGACCAGACAAGAUGUUCUUUAAUGGCUACUUUGGGAAAAAUGGGACUCAGGAAGUGGUCGAGUGCAAUUUUGAUCUGCCUGGGCAGGAUGUCUGUGAAUAUUAUGAUCAACGUAAUGGAGAAAAGUGGGUGUGUCAGAGGCCAAAGGCUCUCCCAUGUGACUCCUAUUUUUACCACUCAACGGGAGGAAGACGCAAUGUCCUAAGCAAAGAAGAUAAACCAUUCUUCUCAAUGUCACUCAUUAACCAAGAAAUCCCAUCAAAACUUGGGUCGCUUAACGUCCAUCCUCAGAAGAAUGUCAUACAUGGUACAAAAGUUGCCUGUAAUCCUGGACUCAAGAACCCAAACCCCUCUGGAUUUUAUUACCAAGAUGUCUGGCAGUCUCUGGUCUGCUCCAAUAAACACUUUGAUAAUCAUACUAUGGCAGCAAAAUGCCUUGCUGGGAAGAAUGUCUACAUGUUUGGUGACUCUACAUUGCGACAGUGGUGGGAAUACCUUGUGGAUUUCAUACCAACUCUGAAGGUGAUCAGUCUUCAUGUGCCUCAAAGGACAGGUCCACUUCUAGCCACAGAUGCAGAACUCAAUUAUUUGGUGCAGUGGAGAGCCCACCAGAAACCUUUACGCAUGGGACGUACUGGAGUACAUGACCUACAUUACAUUGCUUCGGAGUUGAAUGACUUGGGAAUCCGGAAAGGGAUGACCAUUGUAAUAACAUGCUGGAGCCACUUCCUUACUUACCCUGUUGGACUGUAUAUCCGACGGCUAUAUCACAUUCGAGAAGCGGCAGCUCGGCUGUUAGAGCGAAGCCCUGAAACGAAGAUCAUCUUCAAAUCGGCCAACACUGGCUACCGGUUUCCCCAUGGAAGUGACUGGUUAUCAUUGCAGCUGGACACAUUGAUGAGGGCUAUGUUCUCUAAGCUACCAGUCACCAUUCUUGAUGUUUGGCAGAUGACCUCUUGCCACAGAGAACCUGAAGAUCUUCAUCCUCCAAAGAUAAUUAUUAAACAUGAGGUAGACUUGAUGCUUUCAUUUAUAUGUCCUCGGUAGGAAUCAUAAUUUACUUUUACUUUUCCAAUAGUUUUUAUUGAUAUUUUAAGAAAAAGUACAAAAUCCAACGUUAGGACAAAUGGCAGAAAGUGUACUCCAAAUGCACACAAAUAUCCAAGAUGGUGGAGAAAAUUAUUUUUUACACAAUAUAUCUCUCUCUGCUUCGGCCUUGAAAUCAUUUCACUGCCAGGUCCUGAAACUCCCCCUUCUCUCCUCUUGUGAUUGGCAGUGUUAUCUUGCAAAGAAGAAAGAUUGAGGAGGGAAGAAGUUCUCUGCCUACUCCUCCUGAGUCCUGAGCUCUGCCUUCCUGACCUCCACACCAUGCUCUGUGUGCAUUGUGGCUGUAGGGUUUGAAUGUUGUAGUGCUUCUGCUGGAAAUGGGUGAGUGGGGAAAGGGGGGGAGCUGCGGAAAGUUCAGAAUUCCAGCUGACAAACAUCUCCACCAGCCACAAUGCACCAGCUAUUUCUAUAUGCCACUCUUGAGGCCCCAUUCACACUUAGCAUAGUGAGAACACAUGUUCCUGCUCGUUUUAUUAUAAUUUUUUAGUUUGUUUAUACAAAGGGCAGUCCAUUCACUUGAAUGGGCUGCCCUGCAUUUGACAAACACACCAUAGAAGUGAUAGAACAUUUUCAGGCGUGCAGCUUUGCAUGUUUGUCACAUGACAAAAUGCAAGUCUGCUGUUUUUGGGGUGCCAGUUACAAUUAACGGCACCACAAGUGCUAUGCAAGAUUGCAGUGCAUUUCUAAAAUGCAUGCAAUGUCCUUUGUCACACGUUCAGGAAAUACAAAAUGUGAAUGCAGCCUAAGGAUUCUUUCAUAUGGGUUGCUGAGCUGUGGAUUUAUCGUCACCUCUGGCUGCGCACCUAAAUCCUAACAAUACAGUCAGACAGGGCUUUAUACAUGCUGUGGCUGCAAUGUUUACUACAUAGCUGCAGCAUUUUAACGCAGGCUGCAGAGUUUGACAUGUAGCACCACCUAUCAAACUCCCCUUCGAGUUCAAUGGGGCUGCUCUGCAGCUGCAAGCCAAACACUUGGCUCACAGUGUCAGCCAAGAGUAUCCCACAGUUGCAGCCAGUCUCUCUGCAACUACUAUUCAGCCAUUUAAAAAAAAGUAUAACAAAAUACCUGUGUCAGGAGGCAGCGGUAGCAAGAGUAUAAUUUCUGCCAUGACUGCAAUACAGCAUUGCGACCAUCGCAUUUUUGGGUGGUGGGAGGUGGCCCUGUCAGGUAGGCUGUAUGGGGCCCAGUAAUUUCCAACAGCAACCCUGCCAUUAUGUCGUGUCCUUGCAGACCCCCUAUAUAGGACCAGCUCCUCAGACAGACACAUGGAGACUCAAUGACUCCCUACUAACAAACCCAGAAAUAGUUUCACAACUUUCAGAUAGAUUAGAGGAAUAUUUUGAACAGAAUGUUCUUGAAGAAACCUCUCUCUCAAUUUUAUGGGCAGCCCAUAAGACGGUUAUGGGAGGUCAUAUAAAAGAAUUGCCUACAACCAGGAAAAGGCAAAGGACAGCAGAAAUUAGCUCCCCAACAAAAGAACUGAAUAAGCUAUAUUACAUUCACUACCAAUCUCACCCCUGCAGAGGUAUUGAGACAAAUGAAUCAGAAACAAGUGUCAUUAGACACAAUAUGGUUGGAACAGAUGAAAAAGUCCCUUUGUUGGUCCAAGGCUCAGUUCCUUCUCCAUAGUAACUCAGCCUCAGCUAUGUUUACCCGUAAACUGCACCAGUUUCUCCAGCCGACGCAUGUGUAUAAAUUAAAAAAUAGACAAGGACAAGUGGUCUUACACCCUAAAGAGGUCUUGGAUAUCUUUACUUCCUAUUACCAGGACCUAUUGUUAUCCUCAGGUUCUGAUC